AUGUCCGAUUCAUCAGAUCCCUCAGAGGGCCACAGCGAAGAGGAUGAUAGCAAUGUAUCGAAAGUCCCGUGGUAUGAAAAAUUGGAAGAUUUGGGGCGAAAAGAAGAGGGUUGCCUUUAUCGCUUGAGGUCCAAGCCUUUGCGCCCUUCAGCCAUGUUUUACGAUCAAAACGAGGAUGUUUCUCACUUGGAAGAUCGCGUAGGAUUUAGGUGUUUUCAGAAGGUACCAUUUGUGGUACCUUUAGGUUGGGAAGUUUGUUACAUCCACCUUACUCACCGGGAAGUUUCUGGUUGGUAUCUGCUCAAGUUCGACACCGCUUGGAAAGAUAUGCUAUCACAAGGCCGAGGACACUGUUUUGUACGCGCUGAAAGCAAUCGGUUUGCUGUGAUGGCCAUGGGAGCAUUUCGUCGAGAUCUUUACAACAAGAUCGAAAAUGCUUAUGGCGCAAUUAACCUGGUGCACCAACAGUGGUACUCGAAUGCCGCUUCGAUGGCAUCGUCGGGUUCCAAGUAUGAGGAUGAACCUCGCUGGAUGAUAUGUGAGGGACUAACCGACGAAAAGAGCCACCGAUUUGUCUAUGAGAAUAGGUUUGAUAAUGAACCUAUGGUGCCUUACACUUGGAACGACUUGAUCUACGCGUUUGUCCACUUCGCUUACGACAUCAGUGGCGGCAGGACAUUGAUCUCCAACCUCGAAUGUGAUGCACGUGGAAGAAUCACCAACAUUCAGCGUGCCAUAUCACAGCCGCAACGAUCCAGAGAUGGUGCAGAAGGUCAAAGACGCGUUUGA